UAGGAAGUCAUGGUGCCCUGGGAGCCCUCCCCGCCCCGGCAGUGCGGCGGCGGCGGCUGGACGCUCUGCGACUGCUGCUGCUGGCUGCUGCUGCCCGCCGUGCUGCUCGUCCUCGCCCGCCCCGACAAGCUGGCGGCCUUCCCUACCUCCUUAAGCGACUGCCAGACGCCCACCGGCUGGAACUGCUCCGGUUACGAUGACAGAGAAAAUGAUCUCUUUCUCUGCGACACCAAUACCUGUAAAUUUGAUGGGGAGUGUUUAAGGAUUGGAGACAGUGUGACUUGUGUCUGUCAGUUCAAGUGUAACAAUGACUACGUGCCCGUGUGCGGCUCCAACGGCGACACCUACCAGAACGAAUGCUACUUGAAACAGGCUGCCUGCAAGCAGCAGAGUGAAAUACUCCUGGUGUCCGAAGGAUCGUGUGCGACUGAUGCUGGCUCAGGAUCUGGGGAUGGAGUCAAUGAAGGCUCAGGUGAAACCAAUCAAAAAGAGACAUCGACCUGUGACAUUUGCCAGUUUGGAGCAGAGUGUGACGAAGAUGCAGAGGAUGUUUGGUGUGUGUGCAACAUUGACUGUUCUCAAACCAACUUCAAUCCUCUUUGUGCUUCCGAUGGGAAAUCUUAUGAUAAUGCAUGUCAAAUCAAAGAGGCAUCAUGCCAGAAACAGGAGAAAAUUGAAGUCAUGUCUUUGGGUCGAUGUCAAGAUAAUACUACAACAACUACAAAAUCAGAAGAUGGGCAUUACGCAAGAACAGAUUAUGCAGAGGGACCUUCGAACCGUUCCUGCAAACGUUCCUGGGCUGAGGAAGCUCCCUUUUACCCCAAAAGAGCAGCAGUUGCUGACUCUGUGAAGACUGCAGAUAAGUAAUGUAAACCGUCCCUAGGCUCACCCACAGGAUUCAGAUUCCCACCCCUAGUCAAUCACUGAAGCUCUCCCACUAAACUCUGGGCGUCCUCUACCUUUGCUCCACAGGUUGAUACUCCCUGGGCCUUUAUUUUUAUUUCAAAUAAGAAUUGCCACACCAAGUCUCUAUCAAGCAGAGCAGAAGAGCUUUGUUAAGUGAGUUCCCAAUGCUAUGCUCUGCAGCAUAUCUUUGGGAAAGCUGCCAAGAAGGUAAAGGGAGUUGGGGGGGGACACACUUCCAAAAGGGGUUGAAAAAGGUUAAGGACAUACAUUUGACCCAAGAAUCCUUUUCCUCCUUUAUAAAGCCUCUGAUAAUGUGAUGUGUAAAGAGUCACUACCUCAAUAUCAGCAAGAGCUUUCAGCUGCAAAUUUGACUGACUUCAGUGGUAUUAAAAGAUUAAACUAUUAUGUAAGUCAAUUCUCCUUAACCACUGUUUCCAAUGAGAUAGGUGUCAAAAUAGCUUCUGCUGCACAUCAUUCACCAUCUCAUCCCUUAUUUGAUGAAAUAUAUGUGUGUAUAUAUGUGUAUUUUCAGGACCCCCCUUGGUCCAGUGAUGACUGUACACUAGGUAUUGACAACGUAAAUGAGCCAAUAUUUUCUUAUAUGGGCAUAAUCUAUCAGUUAUUCUUUCCAUAAGCUCCAACAUUACACGCUGUACAACAGUGAAAAUGCUAACAUGAGAAUUUACAGGCUGUGGGCCUCUACUUUGCUUGCCUGAAAUCACCUAGAAAGUCUCACUGAUUCAAACAUAAAGAAUGACAGAAUUAUCAGCCCUGCAGAACUGCUUGUUAAGUGCCUGACAGUCAAUUUUUGGAUGUAAGAAUCCUAUUUUUUGCCUAGAUUUUUAUCUAAUUUCUCCAAAGUGGCUUGCAGGAACUUAUGUCUGGAAAGAAUUUGCUGGGCACUCUAGGCAGUACUUCAUAUAAUCCUCAUCAAGGGCACUAAUGGAUUUACUUGUUUGUCAGCGGCACUACUCCACAUGUUCAGUUGUGUAACAGAAGAUCCACACUAGCCCAGAUGAGAGCUGGGGACCGGUGAGGGCUGCCCAGAGAAGAAUCUGGCUGCAUUGUUUUCAUCACUUGCAGAGUCAGGUCCUGCAACUAGGCAGGCUGUUUUGGCUUUUGAAUUUCAGCCUUCACUGAAAUAUUUUCCUGAGAAGCCUAAUGGUGCACAUUCCGCUUCCAAAAACUGAAGAAAAGGCAUAUAGCUAAACCAGAAAUUAAAAAGAAUACAAAAUAUAUUUGAAAUAAUUCUUCCACUCCUUCUUAACAGAGGAUGGGAACAGCCAUAGAUACUAAGGAAUUUAGACAAGAUAGUUUUAAAUAAUUUAUUUAACAUUUCAGAAGAUUAUCCAUCAGGAAAAGCAAGAUCACUGAGUGGGUGGUCAGUCGCACUGGAUAACUUUUCAGGAUCCAUUUUCUUACCCCAGCGAAAUAGCUCAUCAUCUUGGCAUCUCCCUGCCAUCCACAGAAAGGUUGGAGAGCAAGUGUUCAACUGGGAGACUCUUCUAGUAAGCAAGAUGAUAAGCUGUUUCAGUCUACAGAAAGUAGCGUCUGGCCUCAAUGCAUUUAAAAAUAAUCUGUUUUGACUAGUAUAUCUUAUAUGAUAGGCUAUCAUGUCAUGUUCUGGCACUAACAAAAGAUGUGAACAAUAUGAAAUGCCAUGUUAGGCUAAAGAUGCAAAAAAUGUUGCAGAAAUGCAAAAGAUGUUGGCUUCAUCAAAGUGACAUUUUCUAUCAGAAAAAUGCUUCAAGAAAAAUGUUUCUCAAUACAGUUGAUCUGGAGGGUGAGGAUGUAUUUCUUUUUACAAUAAAAAGGAGAACCAUUUUGAGAAAUGUGGCGGGAAUUAUGUUUGUGCAGAUAGGAGAGACUGACCCAGUCGGUCCAAUUUUUAUCUUCAGGCUUUACAGCUUCUGUCUCAAAUUCCAGCCAUCACAAAAAGGCACAAAUCUUUUUCGUGCAAAUAAAACUUGCACACAUAGUUGUAAAUAACAAAGCAGCAAGUCUAAUGUUUGAAGAGGAGCUACUUAAUUCAACAUUACUGAAACCUGACUAACUUUGAAUUUGGUCUCUGUCAUCGCUUUAUGAAUACUAAUCUGCUGUGCUUGGAAAAAAGUGGGUAACUUUGUACUUAAGCUUUGCUCUCUGUAGGCAUAAGGUUGGUGGGGUAGAGGGGCUCCUUAGUUUAGUGAUACUAUAAUCUGAUUAGUGCAGAUUGCCUCCAGUACUGAAUUUAUAAAUUAUCCAAGAUUAUAAUAAGGGGGGAAGUCUUAAUUUAUUUCAUUUAGUUUUAUUUUUUUAAACUUUGUAGAGUUCUUAUUUGAUUCAUAAUUUAAACUUUUUUUUUAUUCAUAUCCUCUCUUUUUAGAAAUGAUUUAUAGUUCUUGUUUCAUAGUGAUGUAAACCCUGUGAUGCAUUCAUGACAGUAUUUCAUCAAUGGCUGGAUUGCUGAAAAGUGCUCACAUCCUUCGGGAAUGAGAGCAAUCGGUUUUAACAUGAAGGAACUUUUAAAGCAUAUCUUGGUGUUUGGGUCUCUAUUUUGAAUCUGAAAAGAUGCUUUGUGUAAUGAGAAAAAUAACCUGUUUUGAGGCAGGGGGAUUAUUUGGGGUGAAUUCAAAAUGUGCUGCAAGAGGAGGGGAACUUAUUUUCUGACAUAAAUGAUGCUUUCAUUGUAGUCUGUCAUUCAAACAACCAAAAUGGCAGAUCAAACUAAAUACAAGGGGUUUUUCCCUCUCUUCCUUUAUGUUCAAUCCCUAACUCUUUUAGAGGAGUCAUCAGUCAUAAUGAGGGACUACAGACAAUUCGUGUCUAAGUUUUGUGGUUUCUUCCAAGCCAGAUGACAAGGGUUCCCGUCUGAAGUGUUUAUCCUAUGAACUGCUAGCAAAGCUUGGGCCAUCUCAUUUUUGAUUCCGUAAAGCAUUUUUCGUCAUAACAUUACACUUAGAGGUGUAAUUACAAGUUCUGCAGGAUCCUAGAUUUACUUAAACUGUGCCUUUUAAAGAAAAGACCUUUUUAAAGAAAACAUAGUUUCUACCCACAUGAUUGCAGGAGGAGGAAAAAUCUUUCCUCUUUUUACCAGCCCUACAGCCUACACACAGAGAGAGCAUCUGCAAGUCUGGGAGAGGUCCUGGUCCUCUUUUCAAGUCCUGGCAGAUUAGUCUGUCCUGAAAGUAACAAUUUCCCUCACCAUCCUGAAGCGUGCCUUUAAAAAAAAGAAACCAAAUGGUAUCCUACCGUUUUAGCAACACUGCUGGCUCAUCUGAGAGAGGAGGGAUUCUCACACUGGUUGGUGGUGGCGCACGGACAUCGCAGCGAUAUCUUGGUACCUGCGAAGGAACGAUCAGAGAUACACACGCAAACACACACAUGCACAGAGCAGUCUCCUGUUCUUCAGAAAGGAAGCAAACUUCCUCUUGAUAAUGGAAGAUUUGGAGGAAAUGGCAUAAUAUUUUCCACAACAGAAAAAAUGUGUACUAAUAAGGAUCCCAUAAUUCUUGCUGCAGUUUCCUGGACAGAAAUAUAUUUGUAUGUGGACCAUAGCAGCGGUCCAGCACACCCAGAAAACAUAGGGCAUGGUGCAUAGAUGAUCACUACAUGGGUAUGGAGUCUAACAAGUCCCGAGCACAUUGGGAUCUGUGUGUGUGCACUGGGCAAGUCCAUUGAUAGCUGACACACAUCAUACACACAUUUUUUCUGUUCUGGGAAGAUUUCCAGGUGGAAAAAAGGAACAUACAUGAAGUCCUGGUGAGAUCAUAACUCUCUAUGUAUAUAUUUCAAAUGCUGGUAGCCAGUGUCUCACCUAGAGGGUAAUACGUAACCAAAAAUGUUUAGCACCAGACCAAAUGCACCUUCUGCUCCCACCUCUUUCCAGUAGCAGAAAUUCCUGGGCAAGGUCUCAGAGGAGGUUAUACCAUGUCUAUAACGUGCCUCCCGUCAGCCCAUCCUGUGCUGUCCCAGAGACCGCUGUCAGCCCCAAGCCCAGGAAUCGUCACUGCACCAUGAUGCCCGCUUCUGCACUGCAUUGUCAUUAACAGCCUUCAUGGCAGCCUUGCACAGAUAUCCCAAUGUAAGCAGGGAACCAGGAGAGGCAGACAGGUUUGUCUUCAACAUAUGUGCAUUUAAAAAGAUGCAAUAAUGGUCCAUAGUGCAGAGGUUCUGAAAGUCCUAACAAUGAAAGAGAAGUUAAUGCUGUCUACAGGGAUGUAGAGGUUGCCCUGUCAUUCUUGUUUGCUGGGAGCUUGUCCUCGCUUGUUUUAGCAUAAGGACAAUAUAACCAAACUUUAUUAGUGCAAGUUGUUAGAGACUUUUAAAACUCUCCUUGGACAGCAGCGACAGGAAAGAAAUUCAUUAUGAAAAUCUGAAUCUUGGAUCUGCCGCACACACUUUUCCCAAAGGUGGGAUAAUACCUAAGCAUACCUACUGCUGGCAUGACUGGCUUGGAGGCAGAAAACAAAUUGCAAUUGUUUCAUAACACUUGGGGACUUCCUUUGGAAGAUACAAAUGCUUCAACUUAUUUGUGUGCAAACUACAUUUCCUCAGACAUCUAUCAUGAGAUUUUCUUCUUCUGUUUUUAAUUAAUUGUGGCUAGAUGAUACUAUCACAGAAAAAAGGAUUUUUACCAUUUGAGAUAUCAUAAGUAUUGAUUAAAUGGAAGAAUUUGCCAAAAUUACCGGGUUAAUUAAUACCUCAGUGGCCUACAAUAUUCAUGUGAGUUUAUUGCAAGUAACGCUCUGCAUUUCAGCCCAUGAUGUAAAUGUUGAGCACAUACCUGUUUCAAAACCAAAUGAAGCCUCCAUUUUCCUGGCUACAUGGAGGGAAGUAUCUUCCGGGAUUUGCAGUCUCAGUGACUAUUUAACAGCUGCACAAGCAGGCACAGAAAGUCAGACUGGUUCAGAGGUACCCGUGCUGUGGGAUAGGGAGGAGGCCAGUGGGCUCUGGGGCACAGGCGUGCAGCACUGAUGAUAAACUUCAGCUCUGGACUCCUGCUCCUCUACUUCAGCCAUAAAAUUGUCUUUCUGAAUAUGUUCUGUUGAAUGACCAAAUAUAUUGUAAUGGUAUAUUACAUGCAAAUAUCCAGAGCCUUUCUCCUAGCCUUGCCUGGGUGUGAGGAGACAGUCCGUAGAGGAUAACAGAAAUGAUCAGGCAUUUUUCAUGUGCUAUUCUGUAAUCAGUUUUUGAAUAGUCAAAUUAUUUUUCCUGGUGUCUCAUUUGCUGUAACCUGACAGGAAUUAGAUAUGCAAAAGAAUGACAGAAAACCUUGCAAAGCUUUGCAUCUACAUUGGCCUACCUGUUUCAAGGUGCAAACCCUCGCU